AUGGCGACAGCACGUGUGGAAUUCUCUGAUAAUGGGGAGGGGGAAUGCUCACCGUGUAAUACUUUCGGCGGGAAGUUUGCUGAGGUCCAUUAUUUAGUAAACCUGCUGUCUGCUUCGCAGGACUUCAUCUUUUCUAAUUUCGUAGAAAUUACAAUGGAACAAGAGUUUCUUGAAAUUCCUAAAGAAAUUCUACUGCAGAAAUGGCAGAAAGUUGGCCCUAUGAAAAUUGAGAGAUGUGGGCCAGGAGUAGCAGUCUUACAUGGGAAAAUAUUCGUUGUUGGAGGGAUUGGAGGGGAUAGUCAGAUUUGGGCAGAUGGCGAAGUUUAUGAUCCACAGGAAGAAGAUUGGACUGGGAUAUCUUCUAUGGUUACCCCACGAAUGGGUGUAGUAGAACAUCGAGGUAUCAUUUACAUUAUGGGUGGAUAUACGUACACUUACAAUCGCCUGCGUGAUCUUCGCCUGCGUGAUCUUCUCUCAUACAAUCCUGUAACUGGGGAGUGGAAGAAUCUAGCACCAAUACUAGGUGAAUCAUAUAACACGAUAUCUGUUGCAGUUUUGAAUAACUUUCUGUACGUAGUAGGUGGUACUGAGUUUGAGGAAAUGGAAAGAUAUUCUUUUGAACAGGCUCACCGUGGAAUACUGUCAGCAGGAAGCGACUAUUUUAAGACCAUGUUUACGUGUGGAUUUGCUGAGAAAACAACAGAGUCAAUAGAAAUGAAGUCUAUGAAACCCAAUAUAUUACAACUGCUCGUCAACUUCAUAUAUACUGGAAACAUGAAGAUAACAGUGGAAAAUGCACAGGAGUUAAUUGCGGCUGCGAACAUGCUGAUGAUGUCCCGUGCUGUAUGUUUUUGUACAGAUUUUCUUAAGAGUGAACUUCAUCCAUCUAAUGCUUUGGGAAUUUACCGUGGAUAUAUGGACUUUUACAACCCCAUGCAUGAUCUUCUCUCAUACAAUCCUGUAACUGGGGAGUGGAGAGCACUAGCAGGACGUGCUCCACCUCGCUACAACUACAUGGGUGUUGCAGUUUUGAAUAACUUUUUUGGACGUAUGGACUCUUAUAACCCAUUUCAUGAACUUCUCUCAUACAAUCCUGUAACUGGGGAGUGGAGAGAUCUAGCAGCACUGAGUGCUCCACCUCGCUACAACUACAUGGGUGUUGCAGUUUUGAAUAACUUUUUGUAUUUAGUGGGUGGUCUUUUUAAUGAAGAAGGGGAAAAAUCACUAGAAAGAUAUUCUUUUGAACAGAACGAAUGGUUUAAGUGUUCAUCAAUGAAUUUUUGGCGAAGUAUCCCAGCAGUUGUUGCCACAAAUUCUCUGUUAUAUAUCAUAGGUGGUCAUCGUCCCAAUGACCACCUUGAACUGAACCAAUGGUUUAAGUGUUCGUCUUCAGAGUAUUUGGGUCGAAGUAGCCCAGCAGUUGUUGUCACAAAUUCUCUGUUAUAUGUCAUAGGCGGUUACUGGAGUGGUUUGAAUGGAAUUGGAAUGGUAAGGAAAGAAGAAUAA